UCUCCUAACGGGACAACAUGGCUACGCAGACGGCCCGCUAUUACAGUGAAGGCGGCAGAGCAACCAAACGCCAAAAAACUGAAAACGACGGAAUGGCAACGGAGGGUUAUGAUGAUCCUCAUAAGACACUACCGUCACCAGUGGUGCACAUCAGGGGGUUGGUGGACGGCAUCACGGAAGCUGAUCUCGUGGAAGCUUUGCAGGAGUUUGGACCAAUCAGCUAUGUUGUGCUUAUGCCCAAGAAGCGUCAGGCACUGGUUGAGUAUGAGGACAUGAGCGGCUCGUGCAAUGCAGUGACCUAUGCCAAUGACAACCAGAUCUACAUCGCUGGACACCCUGCCUAUGUCAACUACUCCACCAGUCAGAAGAUCUCCCGCCCGGGAGACCCGGAUGACUCGCGGAGCGUCAACAAUGUUCUGCUCUUCACAAUCAUGAAUCCCAUCUACCCCAUCACUACGGACGUGCUCUACACAAUUUGUAACAACUGCGGUCCAGUUCAGAGAAUUGUUAUUUUCCGAAAAAACGGUGUCCAGGCCAUGGUUGAGUUUGAUUCAGUUCAGAGUGCACAGAGGGCCAAAGCCUCACUCAAUGGCGCUGACAUUUACUCAGGCUGCUGUACGCUCAAGAUCGAGUAUGCUAAGCCGACACGUCUCAACGUGUUCAAGAACGACCAAGACACCUGGGAUUACACUAACCCAAACCUGAGCGGCCAAGGUGCAGAUGCUGAUGGCAAUGGGAGCAAUGCUCAAGAUGUGAAUGCCAACCCAAACAAGCGCCAGAGGCAGCCGGCUCUGCUGGGAGAUCACCCUCCAGAGUACGGCGGUCCUCAAGGGGGUUACCACGGAUAUGACGAGAGCUACGGCCCGCAGUACGAAGGUCGCCGCAUGGGCCCGCCCAUGGGCGGUCCCAGGCGCGGCGGACCAAACCGAUUUGGUGGACAGUACGGCCCUCCCCCACCCCCCGGCGAAUACAGCCCCCACGCUGACUCCCCCGUGGUCAUGGUCUACGGUCUGGAGCCGUCUAAGAUGAACGCCGACAGGGUCUUCAACAUCUUUUGUCUCUAUGGCAACGUGGAGCGGGUGAAGUUCAUGAAGAGUAAGCCUGGAGCAGCCAUGGUUGAGAUGGGAGACUGCUACGCCGUAGACCGUGCCAUCAGCCACCUCAACAACAAUUUCCUCUUCAACCAGAAGCUGAAUGUUUGUGUGUCUAAGCAGCAGGCAAUCAUGCCAGGACAGUCCUACGAGCUGGAGGACGGCACCAGCAGCUUCAAGGAUUUCCACGGCAGCCGAAACAACCGCUUCACCUCCCCAGAGCAGGCCGCCAAGAACCGCAUCCAGCACCCCAGUAACGUCCUGCACUUCUUCAACGCCGCGCCAGACGUCUCCGUGGAGGUCUUUUCCAUGAUCUGCGAAGAGCUGGGUGUGAAGAGCCCCUCUAACAUCAAACUCUUUACCUCAAAAAGUGGAGGUGUGGGUGAGAGGAGCUCCUCUGGACUGCUGGAGUGGGAGUCAGUUAACGAUGCCAUGGAGGCCUUGGCCAUGAUGAACCAUUACCAGAUGAAAAACCCAAAUGGUCCAUACCCUUAUACACUCAAGCUCUGCUUCUCCACCGCCCAGCACGCAAACUAAUCGUCAGUCGUCAUGGAAAUCGGUCCGCCAGCUACCCCUCACCGCUUUGGCUUCACUAUUCUCAUGAUAAAUGUAUUAAUGUCUGUAAUAGGCAGGGUUUUUUUUUUUUUUGUUAUGAGUCUGUGUAUGCAGCUAUGUUGAGUGUCUUUUUAAUUGAUCAGGGCUGAACGAGUGUGAUUUGACUGAGUUGACCGUCACAGUUGUUUUUAUUGAAUAUGAUUGGGGCGGGGGGAGGGGGGUGAUGAGAAAAUGAGAUGCUUUUGUACCAGUGUUGUUUUUUUCUUUUUGUUUGUUUUUUUUCCCUUUAUUUUGUAUUGCUUUCCAUAUUUGACUGUUAUGUGCUGUGUGCUCAGCACUUUUUAAAAAUGUGUCAGAUUUUUUUUUUUGUUUUGUUUUGGUUGU